CAGCAGACACACACACGCUCACACACACACACACACAGACACACGCGCGCACAGAGAGCAGACGGAGUUGUUGGUACGAACAUCUUGGACUUCACUCACCAAAAACACCUCGACUCCUCCAGCGCUGCUCCUCUCACUUAUGUGCCUCGGACUCUCGCUCGCUCUUUCUGGAUACUGGAUUUAGCGCCCGACCGCCACAGAAAAAGAUGCUUAAUUCUGUCAUUAGCGGCGCAGGAGAGAGUGUGCCUUGUACAGAGCUGAAGGGACUCUGUAGCCGGGGCCGAUGCUGACAGUUGAGCCCGGAUCACGGCAACGCCAGGAGCCGCUACAGCGAUGCAGCCGCAGCAGAUCUACGACUUUUCCAGUGACGAGAACAGUCACAAAUGGAGAGGCCUCUUCGUGCAAGCCUUACGAAAGGUGCAGAAGCAGGUCCACCCAAACCUCACGGCAAAGGAGGACGCGCUGCAGUACAUCGAGGAGCUGAUCCUGCAGCUGCUCAACAUGUUGUGUGUAGCCCAGCCUCGCUCUGUGCAGGAUGUAGAGGAACGUGUCCAAAAAACAUUCCCCCACCCCAUAGAUAAGUGGGCAAUAGCAGACGCACAGUCAGCAAUCGAGAAACGCAAGAGAAGGAACCCCUUACUCCUGCCUGUGGACAAGAUACACCCACUGCUUAAGGAGGUCUUGGGCUACAAAGUAGACUACCACGUUUCCCUCUACAUCGUAGCAGUGCUUGAAUACAUAUCAGCAGACAUCCUGAAGCUGGCAGGAAACUACGUUGGCAACAUUCGGCACUACGAGAUCAACCAACAGGACAUCAAGGUGUCCAUGUGUGCAGACAAGGUGUUAAUGGACAUGUUUGACCAGGAGGAGGACAUCGGCCUGAUGUCUCAGUCCACAGAGGAGCCGUCCUCCUCUGGGGAGCUCACGUACGAUGACCUGGUCAGGCUUGAAAUCGCAGAGGAGCGUCAGUACCUGCGAGAACUGGACCUGAUCAUCAAAGUGUUUCGCCACCACUUCCUGUCCAACCCUAAAAUAUUCGCAGCUCAGGACGUUGAGGUGAUCUUCAGUAACAUCCUGGACAUCCACGAGCUGACAGUGAAGCUCCUGGGUCUGAUCGAGGAUGCUGUGGAGAUGACGGCUGAUGGCAGUCCUCAUCCACUGGUGGGAAGCUGCUUUGAAGAUCUGGCAGAGGAGCAGGCGUUCGAUCCCUACGAGACUUUGUCUCAGGACAUCCUCAACAAGGAUUUCCAUGAACAUUUCAACAACCUGAUGGCACGACCGACAGUUGGUCUUUACUUUCAGUCAGUUGCGGAGGGUUUUAAGGAAGCGGUCCAGUACGUCCUUCCUCAGCUGAUGAUGGUUCCAGUUUACCACUGUAUGCACUACUUUGAGUUACUGCAGCAACUUCAAGAACGCAGUGAAGACCAAGAUGACAGAGAAUGUCUCAAGCAGGCCAUCACAGCUCUGCUUAACCUUCAGUGCAGCGUGGAUCGUAUCUAUGCCAAGCACCAGCCUCGCCGUAAACCAGGUGAACCCAUGUACCGCCUAUACAGCAGGCAGGUUCGUAGCAAGCAACUCGCCAUCAAACGCAUGAACGAGAUCCAGAAGAGCAUUGAUGGCUGGGAGGGAAAAGACAUUGGUCAGUGUUGCAGCGAGUUCAUCCUGGAGGGUCCGCUCUUAAGAGCCGGUGCCAAACACGAGCGACACAACUUUCUGUUUGAUGGCCUCAUGAUCAGCUGCAAGGCCAACCAAAGCUCCCGGCUCCCAGGAUCAGGCAGUGGAGCGGAAUACCGCCUGAAGGAGAAGUUUGUUUUGCGGAAAAUACGCAUUGCUGAUCGCGAGGACUCAAUAGAGCUGCGACAUGCAUUUGAACUGGUAGGAAAAGACGAAAACUGUGCUGUUUUUUGUGCACGAACAGCAGAGGAGAAAGCAUCCUGGAUGGCGGCGCUGAUGACUCUUCAGUACCGCUCCACUUUGGAUCGCAUGUUGGACACAGUGCUACAGCACGAGGAGCAGGCACAUCCUCUAAGACUGCCCUCUCCGGAGGUUUACCGCUUUGCUGUGCAGGACUCUGAGGAGAAUAUAGUGUUUGAGGACAAAGUUCAGAGCAAAACAGGCAUUCCCAUAAUUAAGGCGGGCACAGUGGUCAAACUCAUAGAAAGGCUUACCUACCAUAUGUAUGCUGAUCCCAAUUUUGUCCGAACGUUUCUUACCACCUAUCGUUCAUUCUGUAAACCACAGGAGCUUCUCACCCUGCUAAUAGACAGGAUUGAGAUCCCUGAGCCAGAACCCACUGAGGAGGACCGACAAGCCCUAUGGAACGGAGAUCAACCAAUGGCAGCUGAGCUCCAGAGGUUCCGAAAAGAAUAUGUUCAGCCAGUGCAACUUAGGGUUCUGAACGUUUUCCGUCAGUGGGUUGAACAUCAUUUCUAUGACUUUGAGAACGACCCAGAGCUGAGGAGUCGACUUGAGGAAUACAUCACCAGCAAAAUUCAACUGAGAGGUAAGUCAAUGAGAAAGUGGGUUGAGUCCAUCAACAAGAUCAUAAAGAGGAAGCUGCAGACGCAGUCCAACGGCAUCAGUCACAACAUCACCUUCGAGAGCCCACCUCCUCCCAUCGAAUGGCACAUCUGUCGGGCAGGACAUGUGGACACCUUUGACCUCAUGACCCUUCACCCCAUUGAGAUUGCACGCCAGCUGACUCUGCUUGAGUCGGAGCUUUACAGAGCUGUUAGACCGUCUGAGCUGGUCGGCAGCGUCUGGACCAAAGAGGACAAGGAGAAGAACUCGCCAAAUUUGCUCCGCAUGAUCCGUCACACCACCAACCUCACGCUGUGGUUUGAGAAGUGCAUCGUGGAGACGAUGAACCUGGACGAGAGGGUGGCCAUUUUAUCCCGGGUCAUAGAGAUCCUGCAGGUUUUCCAGGAGCUCAACAACUUUAAUGGCGUGCUGGAGGUGGUCAGUGCUAUCAACUCCGUCCCUGUCUACAGACUCGACCACACCUUUGAGGGAAUACCAGAGAGGAAAAGGAAAAUUCUGGAAGAAGCUGUGGACCUGAGCCAGGACCAUUUUAAGAAAUACUUGGCAAAGCUCAAAUCAAUAAACCCACCCUGUGUGCCUUUCUUUGGUAUCUAUCUAACCAACAUCCUAAAGACAGAGGAAGGCAACCCGGACUUCCUCAAACGCCACGGCAAAGAGCUCAUCAACUUUAGCAAGAGACGGAAAGUUGCUGAAAUCACAGGGGAAAUCCAACAGUAUCAAAACCAGCCGUACUGUCUGAAGGUGGAGCAUGACAUAAGGAGGUUCUUUGAGAACUUGAACCCCAUGGGCAACAGGAACGAGAAGGAGUUUGCCGACUACCUGUUCAAAAUAUCCAUGGACAUCGAGCCACGGAACUGCAGGCAGCCUCCCCGAUUUCCCAGGAAGACCAUCUACCCUCUGAAGUCCCCUGGGAUCAGGCCUGUGCGAACCUCUACCUCUGGCACCAUGAAGGGCCACCCCGUCCCCCUAGAGAGGGAGCCCCCUCACAAGAUCACCUUCCGUAGCAUCGCUGAGACCGAGACGGAGACGCCGGCCUCAGCGCCCACCUCCCCAAACACGCCCACUCCCCCACAGUCGGCCUCCUCGGACCUCAGCUCAGUCUUCAUGGAUCACGACCUGAGCAGCUCGUAUGGAGGAAGUAAUUCCGUUUUUGCGUCUGGUCAUCUGCCUUCCCCUUCAAAGUUCCAGUCUGUUUCUUGCGGCAGCCUCCAUCAGCUUGGAGAGGAGCUGCUAAAGCCUCCACCUCUGCCACCAAGAAGGAAAGAUGCAAUGUCUGAAGCCAAGUUGAGCUCCAGGUCCGAUGGCCCUCCAGCCAUUCCUCCUCGGUUGCCGCCUCCUCUACCCAGGAGUCAGCCUCGCCCACCGGUCUACAAUGGUCCUCCCAUGGACGGCCCCCUCCCAAGCCCGCCUCCUCCACCACCUCGUGAUCCUCUCCCUGACACACCUCCUCCAGUGCCUCAACGCCCCCCUGAAAUCUUUAUCAACUACCCGCCCAUGCAGCCUUCCCCCGUUGGUCGAUACCACUGGGACUUUGGCAGCUCCCCGAGUUCCCCGAACACACCACCCAGCACGCCGUCUCCUCGCAUUCCCAGGCGAAUUCUCAGCGCCAGCCAGAACAGCCUUUGUCCUUUACCCAUCCAAAUCAACGCUCCACCCGUACCUCCACGCCACAACUCAAGCCCACAACUCCCCAAACUCCCACCAAAGACAUACAAAAGGGAGCUGCUUCAGCCGCCACUGCACGGCCUCUCAUUGGUGGAAAACACAGACAGUAGCCAAUGAGGCAGGAGUCGGUGGCUUUAACAUGCAAACCUUAAACUACUAGUGCAGUUUCAGCAACUGAUCAGGACAUGGAUUUUUUUUAUACUGUUAAUUCUGCUCACCUUCCCUCUGCAUCCACCAAUCGCUGCCCUACCGUGCCUCUCAGGGGAUCUGUAGCUCUGCCUUCACCACAAACCCUCUGUGCCACACCGGAGUGCCAGCAAAUAAACAACCAGGGGUUGGGUGUUUUAUACCUGCCUGUUCUUCUGACGGAGCUAGGACAAUUUUUGUGCUGUUGUUCAGGCUGAUGGAGCACUGUCAGAAGACAACAGUAACAUUGAGUUAAUCAUGGAUCAGGUUGUUCUCUUUGUCGAGUUGUUACUAAAUUACAGCAGUUGGUUAUAAAGCAAACCUCCAGGGGGCAGACUGUUACAUCGUGCUUUCCACCUCUGUGCUCACAAUAUCAGUACAUGUGCCAUGCAACAUGAAUCCAGUCCUAUAAGACAUUUGGGCUGUCCCCUUUUUUUUUUUCAGCAAACUUAAUUCCUGUUUUGUUGUCUGCUAGUGUGAUCCAAUUAAUUAGCAAUGGAUAUAGACAGUUAGACAUUACUAGCAGGCAAGCAACACUACCAGUGAAGCAGUCCAAAAAUGUCAGUCCUGAUUAGUUAAAGCGACUUGCUCUUUCAGCUGUUAAAUAAGCAAAAAAUGACAGAUGAGACCAAGGGAAAUUUUUUGUCUGUAUGUCUGUCUGUACUAUAUACUUUCUUCAUCAAUCUCCCACUGAAACACACACACAGUGGCAUCUCCAAAGUAAAUGGCUCAUGUUGUAUUAUACUUGUGAUGGUAUUUUGAGCACAAACCCCAGAUUUCUGCUUUAAAACCACUGGAAACGAUUAGAAAAUGCAGGACAACUCAGAACAUGUCAUUUUCUAGAAUUGAUCACCUUGAAAAACGGCAAGGGUUCUCCUUUAACUCUCCCCACCGCUCCCUCCUCUACUGCCACUAGGUUGCAGCAAACACAGAAGGGCCUUGGACAUUUUAGCCUUAACUGUUUUCGCUUUUCCUUUCAGCAUUGUUCUCACCUAGAGCCCCUCUGCAGCUCACACCGUUUGAACUCCUCUUCCUCCCCCUCCUCCUCCUCAAAAUCAACGUAGCUCUUUGGCGGCAGCUGUGAGCAGCAGUCAGCAGAUUUCCAUCAUCACACAAUUUUCUUACAAACUAAAAACAAACAGUUGCCAAAGUCUUAUUUUAUGCAGGGGGAAUAAGGGAUGAUUUUCUUCUCAUAGAUCUUUGAGACAAAUGUGACAUUAACAGCAGGAGGCGACACUGAGUCCUCCCUUGUAACUCAACUGUACACUGUGACUGUAAAGAGACGCAAGUGAAACUCUCUGAAUCUUGUGGGAUUUUUUUUUUUUUUUUUUUGGCUGAGGACUCAAUUUUCUGCGACAUGUUGCCUUCUCCUUUACUAUAUAGAAAAAUCAACAGCGGUGACCUCUGACCCCAGGCUCUAGUCCUCUUGGAGAAAAAAAAGAGGGCCAAGAACACUCCAUUUGCACAUCGA